AUGAAUGGUAUCGAGUAUGUACUCGGGGAGGCGUGCAAGAUCCUGCUGCCCAUACCCGAGGAGGUCUACCGCGGAAGCGACGGAUCGCCUGUUGCCGUCUGUACGCUGUCCAGCAUAUCACUGCUAAAGGAGAUUGCCAGCUCAGAGACGCUCGGGCGCGUGGCGAUAGCGGGAAGGCUGCUCUCCGAGAACCGGGGCAUUGACGCCCUGAUCAGGUUUGUGGUAUCCAGCCCAAAUGUCAGGACCGUUGUGGUGUGCGGGCGGGAAGUCCGGGGGCACAGGGCAGGACACUCCCUGCUGGCGCUAUACAGGAAUGGCGCCGACGGCGCCGGCAGGAUAGUGGGCUCCAGCAGCCCUGAUCCAGUGCUGCAGACGCCUCAUGCCGAGAUUGAGCGGUUCCGGAGGCAGGUAACCAUAGUCGACCGGAUAGGGCAGACGGAUCGCGCCGAGAUAGAUCGGCUGGUCAGGUCCAUGACUCAGUAG